AUGGAAAGAGUUUACUGUGGCAUGGUGGGGGAGUUGCCGGUGGGGAGGCCUCUAGAGCGGCCGCUGACUCAGCGGCGACCUCGAGUACUGCCUGCCGCAAGGCGAGGUCCCGUGCCGGUGUCGUUGUGGUCGUCCAUGGACCUCCUCACCGGCAACCACCCGACCCAGCCGCUGAGCCCUCAGGAGGACCGAGCUGCAGCGGCCCAACCAGCAGUAGUUGAUAUGGAGCUUUGCUCAGUUCCUUCACCUGCUUUACACGUUGAAGUUGGAGGGAGUGGAACCUCCACACCUAAUCGGACUCCAACGUCCCGAAAGCGAAAUGCAUCGGACCACAAUGACAUGGGGGCUAAACGGCGUCUAAUUACUUCCUCGUCAUCUUCGUCGCGUCCUCUAAGGGAUAUUGAAAUAUCCAACGCCCUUAAUUAUGGCAGCGACGAGGACUCCGAAGAAGAUGGCGAAGAAGAAAUUGGACUCCAAUCCACCAUAGUCCCCAGGGUGGUGCCCAUGCAGGAAAAUGCAGAUUUCACUUUCGGUGUAAAGAAUGCAAACAAAGGCAUCAUACUCUGCGAUAAUGAUAAGGUCAUCACUGGCAACACGGACGUCGUCGGGAGGUCGCAAGAAAUGGACGUGUCGCUAGAUAUUUUAAAAAUACGAGUUAAAAUUGCUUACCAAUUUUAA